AUGCAACAUUACUUCUCGUACAACCCGACACGAGUCGUCGAAGGAACCCCUUCCGCCUCCCCCCAUCUUCCCGACCCAGCAGCCUCCAUCGACAUCUGCACGCCUCUCUUUCCUGAGGACACGAUGUAUUUCCAAACUGUUCGUGGACCAUACACUCAUCGUGGAUUCUAUUCGUUUAUGAGUGGCUGCGAAGCCGUGGUACCCACAAUGGUCGAGCAUCAGAACUUCUUGAACAACAUGACUGUUCCAAUGGAAACACUUCACGGGAUGGACUCUGUAGAGAUGUCCAACGACAUAUCAAGGAUCAACAUGGGUUCGUGGCCAGGCCCUUCGCGGGGUCAUCCAAGAACAGACGUCGCAAUCGCUGGAGAGCCUCUCGCCUUGGACUCAGAUCCGUUCUCUCACAUCGAUUCAUAUAUCCUUGAGCUGAUGGCCAAGAAUUCUGGGAUAAGCUAUGACGACGGGCUGUCGUCACACUCCACACUAUCUGGCGUGUCAAGCGCACAGAUGCCUGACCUACAUAUUGUAGGGCAGAACACCUAUAACACCAAACACAUCAACAGCAUCAGCGAGGACGCCACAGAAUCGGAGGGGCAUGCUGGGGUAUCUGUCCUCGCCGAAUCAUCCACGGGCCCCGCUUACUGGCUUGCACGGCCACGUGCACCCACGAAGGCAAAGAAGGAAAGGAAGGAACCACAACGUCCCCGCGCACCGGCAAUCAAGGCAGCACGAUCUCAAGUGAUGUCGAAGGGGACGCUCCGAUGCGAAAUGUGUGAUCGCGACAAAGACACAGGAUCGGAAGACUACGCACACCAAGCGUCUUUGAACCGGCACAUACGGACAUCACAUCUCGACCGGUCACGAUGGCAGUGCACCUUGUGUGACAAGUCAAUGGUCAGGAGCGACGCACUGGGCCGGCAUCUCAAAAGGCAGCACCACAUGCCCGAGGCGGACGCGAAAGCGGUCGUCGCACAUGUUGCUGCUAGCAAGUAUCUCACCGACUGA